CUACCAGGAGGAUUUCUCUCUCUCUCUCUCUCUCUCUCUCUCUCCUCCCUUUGCUCAGCGCCUCCUGGCUCAGGUUGCUGCAGAAAGAACCUUUCCUUACCUUUCCUGGGAUUGAACUUCCGAGGCCCAGCGAGCGCGGGGGGAGAGAGCAGAGACAGGGACCCAGGGGAGCGAAGGUGGCCUCGGUGGGAGAGAAGGAACCAAAAGGAAAGAAGAAAGAAAGAAAAAAGAGGCCCUGCCAUCCCCCUGCAGUGCCGGAGAAAAUGAACAAGAUGAAAAACUUCAAGAGGAGGUUUUCCCUCUCGGUUCCCCGGACAGAGACCAUCGAGGAGUCGCUGACCGAGUUCACGGAGCAGUUCAACCAGCUCAACAACAGGAAGAAUGAAGACAUAGCUCACGGGCACCUGCAGCUGGGCAGGGACUUCCAGGCGGACCCGACCUCCAUUUCCCCGUCAGAGGUGGAGGGCCAGUCCCCGACAACUGUACGCUACCGGAACAACAACCAACGCCGCUUCUCCAUGGAGGACGUCAGCAAGCGGCUCUCCCUCCCUGUGGACAUCCGCCUGCCCCCGGAGUUCCUGCAGAAGCUGCAGAUGCACAGCCCCGAGUUCCCCAAGCCCCUCAGCAGGAUGUCUCGGCGGGCAUCCCUGUCAGAUAUCGGAUUUGGGAAGCUGGAAACCUACGUUAAAUUGGACAAGCUGGGCGAGGGCACCUAUGCCACUGUCUUUAAGGGGCGCAGCAAGCUGACAGAGAACCUGGUGGCUCUGAAAGAGAUCCGUCUGGAGCAUGAAGAAGGGGCCCCCUGCACAGCUAUAAGGGAGGUCUCCCUCCUGAAGAACCUGAAGCACGCAAACAUUGUGACCCUGCAUGAUAUCAUUCACACAGAGCGAUCCCUCACCCUCGUCUUCGAGUACCUGGACAAUGACCUCAAACAGUACCUGGACAACUGCGGCAACCUGAUGAGCACGCACAACGUGAAGAUCUUCAUGUUCCAGCUGCUGCGGGGUCUGUCGUACUGCCACCGGAGGAAGAUCUUGCAUCGCGACCUCAAACCGCAGAACUUGCUCAUCAACGAGAGGGGGGAGCUGAAGCUGGCAGACUUUGGUCUAGCCAGAGCCAAGUCAGUCCCUACCAAGACGUAUUCCAAUGAGGUGGUCACGCUGUGGUAUCGGCCUCCGGACGUCCUGCUGGGCUCGACCGAGUACUCCACGCCCAUCGAUAUGUGGGGCAUGGGCUGCAUCCACUAUGAAAUGGUCACAGGACGGCCCAUGUUCCCUGGGUCCACCGUGAAAGAAGAGCUGCAUUUAAUCUUCCGGCUGCUGGGGACCCCUACAGAAGACUCCUGGCCUGGAAUCACAUCCAACGAGGAGUUCAAGGCGUACAGUUUCACCCAGUACCGUGCCCAGCCACUGAUCAACCAUGCCCCGAGGCUGGACACAGAAGGAAUCGAUCUGCUGACAAACCUUCUCUUGUACGAAGCCAAGAGCCGGAUCUCGGCUGAAGCAGCCUUACGACACCCGUACUUCAAGAGCCUGGGGGAACGUGUGCACCUCUUGCCUGACACUGCCUCCAUCUUCACUCUGAAGGAAAUACAGCUUCAAAAGGACCCAGGCUACCGAGGCUCAGUCUUUCAGCAGUCAGGUCGAGGGAAGAACAGGAGGCAGAGUAUAUUUUAAACCCGUCUCCUUCCCUUCAUCACCAUGGAGAUCAAAGCACCGAGGAAGGAGAGGACUACAUGCUGCCACCAGACUCAUCCGCAGAGCAUUUGAAUCUAGCAGGAAGAGACUGGAGGGCACUCUUCUGCCGCAGGCUGCCCUCCAGCUGGCCUCACAAUCCCACCGCUCACACCAGUCUCUUGUCAAAGGAGCUGCAGCGCCUGCUCCUCUCCCCCUCGCUUUUCACAUGGUGCCACCACAGCUGGGGCCCCGCAUGCCGUACCAGGGUAAGGUGCUUUACUGAGUGACUGGCUGCCCUGGGCAUAGCCCCAUGCUCCCCCCAUGUGCACCUGCUGGCGUGCUGUUGGCUGCCGUGAGGUUGGUAAGCAGGCACGCAUGGAGGCUCUGCAGGCAGGAGACGGGGUCUCCGACAGCUGGCAGGAUGGUGGCAUGGAGCGAUCAGGGAGCGGCAGAUGUACCUGCAAACACAUGGUGUGCCUGCAUCAGGCAUCCUCCUGCUCCCGUCACUGGUCAAGUUGGACCUAGGCUGACAGACUGGCGAAGGACGGGUGUAAAGUUUCCAGCCGGGGGGUAUCUCACGAUGAGCCCCAUGCAGGGCUUUCUGGCACUGCGCACGUAGUAGGGACAGAGUCGUUUGACACGGGGGAGCUCUCCCUUAGCCUCCCCCACAGGUGCCUGAACAGGGGAUCCCUCUUCCCCACUUCCGCAUUGGAGCCCAAGCGCUGUCACAAGGCUUGUCUGAACAGCUGCCCUGAGGGCCAGGAGGAUGGAGGGAGUUAAGGGAACAUGCCAAUUAGCUGGAUUCCUCUGAUCCUAUCACUUUUCCCAGCAACCUUUUUCCCUGCCCACACUGUAUUUUUUAAUCUCUGACAGCUGGCUGCUAUGUACAGACUUCCCUAGUGCAAUGAUGUAGUAGGACUGAGAAUCGGGGCACACAAAUGGGGAUCAGCUCCAUGCAAAAGCAGCACGGCAUUUCCCAGGACGUUCAUCCGGCUGCUCCAGCCCUCUCCAAAACAAGCAAAAUCACUCGUGUCUCACACUCAGAGCCUGCCAUGCUCCUAAUCCACCUUUGGAGAUACGGGCAUGGUCUCCCCAAGUGGCUUGGGAGCUGCUGUGAACUCUCCAGCCACUCAAGGCCAUCUUUGAGUUUAUCGCAAAGUGUGAAAAAGCUGGAGUAAGUGUGCCUCCCAGUGCAGGUGUGCUGUGCGUUCUCAUCCUGGUGACAGGUGUAGGAGGGGGCUAGCCCCACCACUGUGAAGCUGCAGCAUAGAAACGGACUGAAAGGUGACAUCCCUGUUACGCAGGGAGCGUUCCCAAGUGCGCUGCACUCACCUUUCACUCUGUGCUUGAUCGCUGUCGGCUCGUUGCCAGCUUGCACUGCCCACAGUUUCUACGCACGUGCUGAUGUCAGUGGGAUUGAAGCACUUACCUAAAUCUGAGCGUGUACAUAUGUGCGUGGCUGGAUUAGAAACGUUACGCGUGCGUGUUCUCCAUUUAUGCCACAUCUGCUCAGAUAAAAUCAUAUCCUGUCCAAACAGCUCAGACCAAACCGGAAACCAUUUUGGUUGAAAAAGUUGCAAGAAGUUUCCAUUUUUAAUAGACUGUUCUUCCCCUCUCUGCCUCUUCCUUUCUGUGCUCCGUGCUCCCCCUGCCCAGCUGGCACUAACGAAAAUCAUGGGUUGGUCACCUGAUUGUGGGACUGGCAGGCAGGAAAUCCUCCAUUCCUAUCCAAACGGCUCCCCUCACAUGCUGCUAGCCUUGGGCAGGUGAUGUCACCUCUCCGUGCCUCAGUUUCCCCAUCUGUCACAGGGGGCUGAUGAUCUUUAGCUGUCUUACGGGAGACAUAAUGCUCCAUGGCCCUCAGAAAAUGCAAAGCAUGAAGAUGAGGUGGAGAUGGGCUGGUACCUGAACUUCCCCGGUACUUGAGAUGGUUAGAGUCGGGCGUUCCAGCUCAGGUCAGAUGGGAAGCGCUAGGUCCUACAUAGGCCACAGCAGCUUGGAUUUCAGUUGGGCUCAUCCUGGAUAAGCAUCCAUACUUCUGCAUUACUUGAGGUUUGCUUAGUUUCUUUCUCCGUACACCUGGGCCAAGUAAUGUGCUUUUCUCUUUCAUUCUUUAGGGAAAGGCAUGCCUAACCCUGUCUGCAGGGCAUGUGUGCAGCACACACGUGACAUGUUUAGCCCUUGCUCAUACCUGUAUAAAGUGCAUCCGUCUGCUCAGCUUCACAGGCUCUGCUCCAGCUGCACCAGGGCUUUCAAGGAAGCACGUGAGAUACAGGUUUAAAAAUGAGAGGCCGGUGUUUGCUGUAAGACCUAGCCAGUCUGAGCUAGCCUUUGCCAAUGAUUUUUGGCACAGAAGUUCCCUGGGGAGAACAAGGAUUUACACAGGGGUGGCAGUUCCCACGGAUGGUCACAGGGUAGUGACUCAGUUGGCUGUUUAGCCCAUAGAUGAAAUGUUUCACGGAGGCCCCAUUCAGCAAGGUAUUGGAGUCCACCCCGAAUGCCAGGGAGGCAAACCAUCAGCAGGGUGACUCUUUAUGUGCUCCAGGUCAGGCACAUGCUGAGUACCUAGCCUGGGCUGAAGGGCAGAGAGGAAGAAGCCAGUCUUCCUACCCACUUUGCAGUGACCGAGCCAGCUCCUUCAGUAGCUGGGGACGAUGUUCCUUGUGAGGCCCCAUCCCUGGCCCGUAGAGCACUCACAAAUGUCCAGUUCCAGAGGUUCAUCUCGUCUCUCCCCCCAGUACGCCGUGUCCGUGUUCAGGCCUGUGCCUUCCUCCCUUUCUCAGCUCCAUGCUGUGGGGACCCAUCCAGCUGCAGCAAAAUGCAGUCUUUUGUGGCCACCUCUGAGUCAGAGCUGCUGCAAUGCUGCCGUGCUUUGUCAGCGGAGCUGGCAGCAAUGCAGAGAGACCCCGACUCCUCUGUCUGCCCUGGAGCUCGACCGCGCCACCACUCAUGCACACAGACAAAGCCAGCAUGGUGCAUGUUCCCCACGCCAGCACUUGGCACUCUGGUUUCUGAUCACCAACAGGUCCCGUCACCUCCAGUUGCUGCCUCUGAAAAUCAGAUCCCCCUGCCUGCAACACAUAUAGGCAUCUUUUGGUGCAGCCUUCAGUCCCCACUCAAAAAAGAGGCUCAGCAUUGAAAAUACCAGUGCAGCAGGAGUAAGGGAGGUGAGAUCACUGCCUGGAAGGCAGGCAUCAUGUGGCUGCAGAUUGGGACAAAAGGUUAAAGACGAGGCCCAGCAGCACUGCUUUCUUCAAGGUCAUUUGGUAAAGGAAAAAUAUUCUCCUUAGUCCUGUAACCUGCAUGCUGUUUAUUCUUCUGUGUACCCCGCAGACCCUUCCUGAAGGAGACCUCGGUGUCAGAACGCUGUUAUUUAUUAGCUUGGUACAUGGGUAUCAGGGUGAGCUUAAGAUAACCCCUUUUGUUCCCGGGCAGUGCGGUGGGUAUUUUGUCCCUGUUCAGUACAGCAAUAGCCAGUGUAAAUAUUUAGCACGCCCCUGAGCAGGGCUUGAUUUAUAAGCCCCUGGUGCUUGUUCAUUUGCAGGGCUUGGCUGGCUGAGUCCUGUUUGCACGAUCCCGAGGUCCCUGCACACACGCUGCCUGUAAAAGCCUUUCCAGCUGCUCAUGGCCUGCGAGUGGAGCCAUUAGGCAAGAUCCUCAGCCACGCAGCUCGUCAGGGCCUCCCUGAAGUUCCUGGAGCUGCAGUGAGAUUUGCAGAGAUGUUUAAAGAGUCUGUGCAGGCAGAGGAGCACUUAGUGGCAUUUGCAAAUGCUCCUAAGCAAAUCAGCUGUCCAACUUGCAGUGGAAGUCAGUGGAGUUUAGCCCCUGCCUUGCAAAUCCAGUUAUGUACGUAUAUGCUUGCGUGCUCAGGUGCCCAAAUGCCUUUGGAAAUCUGGCCCCUGCAUCAGUUGGCCCCAGCUGAGGAUCUUUCUCCUCUGGCAGCUGAACCCAGUUCGGUUCCUGUGAGCGCUGCAUUCGUAUUUCCAAGGCUGAACCUUUGGUUCACUGUCAUUUUCCAAGCAUGACACUUACAGGGAGCCACUCACUGCUUUCAAAGACAGGUUGCAAUCCCUAUAUUUAAGAACUAAGAUAAGAGGUUUUGCCAGGAAGCUUUGCACCACCCCUUGUCUGCUGCAGUGAGAGGUAGCUUGGUCCUGUAACCUGGUUGUGCCAGUGCCUGGCCCAGUUCAAGUCUGUGAUUCACUAGAUUGAUGACUCUGGGUCUUGGGACUUCCAGCUCCACUGUGGGAAUGGAUCAAGCCAGGUUGCUGCUCUUCUCUCUUAGCAAGGUAUAGCUCAGAAGCAGCUCCACUGACAGCAGUAAAAUUACUAAUUUCAGUAUUGGGCAUGCAGCACACGAGAGCACGAGAGGGUUUUGUGACCAUGACUGGUUUCUGUUUUAUUCUGUCCUAGUCUAGAGUCAAUCCAGAAGUGGCUUAGGAAGGUUCUUAGCAUGUAAACCUAGUCCCUGUGGGACUGUCACUCCGCCCCUUCCCCUCCUUUACUGCCAGUAGGUAAAACCAAGACCUUAAAGAGGUUUCCACCCCUCCUGCAUAACCAAACAAUAAACGUCGUAAGACUUUCUCUGACUCAAUGAACUUGAAUCGGUGAAGUUAAACAUCCCUAAAGGCAGCAGCACUGAGCACCAGGAGCUGAAAUGGACUCUAAACAGAGAGCAGACCUGAUGGCUUUGAUGCUUCCCGGUGAAGCUUGUGCAUGGAGUAAAUGGGGAAAAGCCAAGUGGGCUGAAAAUGCUUUAACUUCCUGUGAACUGUCUGAAACUGUUGGAUGGUGUUAGAAAUGAUUUGCUUGUUGGACAACUAAUCAAGCAGUUGACAUUUUUUCAAAAUAAGACUUUCCAGCAGAGCUGUUGGGGGGACAAGUUGCCUUUUUUCCCAGAAAUUGUUGUCAUUUUUGAUCAGGCGUGGCCAAGAGUGACAUGUUGGUGGAACUGCUUUAAAAGCCUGCUUUCACCUAUCACAUGAGCUGAUAGUUACUUGCCAGGAAAGCGGAUAGCUGUAAAGUCACUAUUAAUGUCUAGGUUACAGGGCAGCAAUAAAACGUUAUAGACUUAGUCAUUGCCUUCCGCACCCCGCAUAAACGGACCUGUCUUGGCCUGACACACCUCCAGAUCUAGAUCGAGAUUUUAAACAGCACAGCUACAGCAUGUCAGGUUUUACAGACUUACUUGCUCCCUGUUGUGGCUCAAGGUAGUAAACCAGCCACGGCAAAUUCCUAGUUUUCCAAACUGCACGUUUUUCUCAUGAUUUUUGUCCACUCGCGAUGGAGAUUGGGUUAGAACAGGAGCAGGGGGUCAUUUAAGGCUCAGGGUAAAAGCAGACAAGCAAGAAGGUAACCGAGAGGUGGAAACGGCCUAUCCCUACAGAACGAGGUAUACUAUCACCUCCGCAGCUGUACAAAUCCCUGUGUGUGGACAUGAAACCAGACCCCUUGGCUGGAGCCUGCUCUUGCUCCGUGGGUCAUAACUCAGGGUGAUGAAAGGCAAAUCAUAGUGCUUAGGGUCAAAAGGGACCUAAACAGAUCAUCAAGUCCUACCCCUGCAGGAACGGGUGCCGGGGUCAUAUCACCCCAGCCAAAUAUCUGCCCAAAUAGGACAGCUUUGCCCCUGCCCUUGAUGCCUGAACCUGCAGCCCUCCGCGGUAGAGCCAGCUUUACCCGCAGGAGUUGUCCCAACAAUCAAGGACCCAUGUCGAAACCAAUACGGCCGGAUAAUUCCUGGCAGCAAAGCCAACUCCUGGUGGCUUCUCUCACGGACGUGAGACAAAGUACAUAGGGCCUGGUGAGGUGCACACCGGAGACUCUGGGAAGCCUUCCCCCUGAGCUCACCAGGCUUUGAAGCAGGUCUCUUAACCCCUAGGGACCUGUGCCAACCCCAGCCGUAUUCAAGGCGUCUCAUCCAGCCCUGCAUUAGCACAGGGUGGCCAGAAUAAGCUCAGUGUCAUCAUUGUAAAUCUGACUUUGCUAAAAUCACUCGCUCUGCUAAAGCCUGGAUUUACACUGGUGCACGUCAGAGCCAAACGAGGCCCAGUGGAUUCGGUAAGUGCAGUCCGCUCUUUCUGAGAUUUAGGGUCAAAACAGACAAGCUCUUGCGAGCUGAAGGCCAGGGACCUUUGUCUGACAAGUCCUGCUCCAGCUGUGUCGUAUCUCUGUUCCGUUUCUGUACUCUAAAGUCCUGUACUGAAUGCAUCGUGAUUGCCCUGCAGAGUUCCCCGCUCGCAACGUCCUGUAUUAACAGGCACAAAUGUUAAGAAACCCACGUUCUGGGUUCCUUGCCGCCGCCUUCAUCCUCAGCAUCUUGUUUCUCCUGGAGUGGGAAAAAAAAUAUAUACAGGCUGCCGGGUUACCCAUACUGUGAAUGUUCUCCAGUGUGAUUCAUUUGCAAAUACAAAUAAUAUAUUAUAACUAUUAUUGUACAAACAGAAGAUGCAUUUUAAAAGAAAUGAUUUUAAAAGAUUUAUUCCGAAAGAAGCAAUGAUUUUUUUUUAAACGGGAAGUUUUUCUGGAAUAAAUAGAAAGGUAAAAAAAAAAAGAAGAAGAAUAAAAGAUUAUAUCCAUCUCUCAAUCCUGUGUCUGAAUGUUUUAUAAAGAUUUCAAUUUUUUGUAUUUCAGAUGUGACACAGACUAUUUUGUGAAUGUGCUCUUUUCUUGCUAAGGCUUAUAUUACAGAUGUAUCGUGAAUGCUGCAAAGCCAAGAUUGGAAAAUAAACUUUACUGAGUACAUGAUAGCUUCGUACGGCAUAUAUCUUUUGGCAGGAGAAGGCCUGAAUGUUUGCUUUGUUGUGCAGGUUUGAAUCAGUCGGGCUGGCAACUGGCUUGUAGCGGGAGCUGUUCACAUUUUUUUUCUAAAUUUGUCACAAACAGUGUUUCCUUCCUAAUAAAAAACUUUUUAUUUUUCACAAACUUCUCAUAGUUUCAUAGCUGUUAAGGACAGAAACAACCAUUGUGAUCAACUACUAGUCCUACUCUCUGCAUAACACAGGGCAUGGAGCUGCACCCAGCGAUUCUGCAGCUAGCUCAUAACAUCUGGUUGAGGUAGAGCAUCUCUUAUAAAAAAAGAUUUCCAGGCUUGACUAAAAGGAAUCAAGCAACAGAGAAUCCAUCACAGUCCUAGAUGAAUCCUUCUAAUGCUAAUUAUUUUCCCUGUUAAACAUUUAUGUGCCUUAUAUAUAGUCCAAAUUUGUCAAGCUUCAGGCUCUAGCCAUUAGAUCAUCUUCUGCCUCUUUCUUCUAGAUAAAAGAGCUCUCUUCUAAAGCCACUUUCAGGAUAUUUUAAAUCAAUGGCUUUAUUGCAAUGAUUAUAUUUUCCAUUUACUGGAAAACUUUCCUGCCAAGAAUUAGUGUUCAGAAUUAAGGGAUAAGUGGGGUUCCCCUCAAACCUGGAGAAAUACAGAAACACAGCUGUGAAUUGUGCCUUCCGCCUUGGGACUGGCCUGGUCUUUUAACCCUUCCUGAAAAAGUGAAUAGGAGACGGCCUUGGGGUUGGGAACGGGCUAUAGCUAUUUGCCUUGAGUACCCCAAUCCUAAAAAAUUGCUCAGCAGGUGUCUGUAGAGUCCCAUCAAGUCAGUGGCGCUGUGUGAGUGGACACAGAGGCUCAUCCUGACUAAGUUGGAUGCAGAAUUAUGGUGUUUGUCCAGUUGUUUAAAGGUAGUUAAGUGCCUUUAUAGGCAGAAAGAAGGAUAUUGUGGGAUUCUCAGAAGUCUACAAAGAUAUGUACCUAAAUCACAUGAGUUCCAUGGUAGAGGGAAGCCUAAACCACAGAGGUGCCUUUGAAACUCCACCCUCAGGCACCUUUGUGGCCCUUGAGAUGCCUACAUUUCUGAAGAGCUGGCCUCUAGGGUCCCAGUGCAAAUCUAGACCAAGGGUCUAGUCAGCUCUGCAACUGGAUUUCUGCAUAGGUUCAAGAGUCUGUGUGACGACAGGAGCCAACUCGUGGCAAGUCACCAUACCAGCCACCCCUCUGUCUGAGGCAGUCUGCCCGUCUUUCCUACCACGACUUGUUGGGAUCAACCUGAUGCAAUACGCAGGAGGCUGCCCCUUUAAUGCCCCGAUGCCAAGGGGUUUACAUAUGGCUCCAACCUUCCCUUACCAUGUCCUAUGCCUCCAUAGGGCACAGGGCCUCACCGUGACCCGUGCUCCAGGGUCUCACCUGGGACUCUCACUCCCUGCUUGGAGCUCACCACCACCGUGCACCAAACUACCCACUAUGACUUCCCCAGCCCCUUACAGGCUGUCCUUGGCCUUUGGCUCUGCUUGCCCAGGUAUCCUCAGUUGUGCACCGUGUACCCUCUCACUAAGGCUCAGCUCUGGCUUUGGUCCCUAACUCUCCUCCAAUUUACUACCCUCACUGGGGCUCUCUCAAAAUACAUCUUUUGUGCAGUCCUUCAGGUUGCCCCUUGCAACCCUACUCUGCAUCCAACACCCCCCAUGGAGGUCAAAACUCUGCCCCUACGCUGGGGCCUCAGGGUCUUAUACCCCAUGGACUCAGGUGCUGCCCCCUAGGCAUGCCUGGCCCCACUCCCUCCAGGAUUUUACACCCCAUGGACUCAGGUGCUGCCCCUUAGGCAUGCCUGCCCCACUGCCUCCUCUACUUCCCACUGGAUAGUGGGGGCUGGGGUUAUAAGGCGCCCCUACCCGCCUUUCACUGGGGAGGCAACUGGCCUGGCAUUUCUGGGG